AUGGCCAAUACGAUGUUGAACAGGAUAGCAAAGUUCACGGCUUUAACAACACUUGUAAUUGGAUGCAUAUUCCUAAUCCUUCACAAGCCGCUACCUGAAGGAUUUACUAUUUCAGUGUCGGACAGAAUAGCUGUCCAUAUAAUCGAACCGGUGCUAAGAGCGGUUUAUUACUAUCCUAGUCAAAUGUUUUCCGAUCCCGCUGAUAUGAUUUGGUGGACAAGACUUUCUUUGAAUAGUCUUAAUCGUGUCAUAAACCCGAUAAAGCCGACGGACAAAGAGCUGAUAGUCAAAAAUGAGGAUUGGUUUGGUGUUCCAGUGAGAAUUUACAUUCCCGAAAAUGCUUCAACUCGAAAUAAUGCUUCUGUUCUGUUUUUCCAUGGUGGUGGUUUUGCAUUGGGCAAUGUUGAGAUGUACGACAGUCUCACAAGAUUACUAGCGAAAAAGUUGAACAGUGUUCUAGUUUCGGUCGAAUAUCGCUUAUCACCGGAAACCGCAUUCCCUGGACAAAUCCAAGACUGCGAAGCUGUUGUGGAUUACAUGAUGGAGAAUGGCGAAGAUCGAUUUGGAAUUGACACCCAUAGAAUCACAUUGAUGGGAGAUUCGGCUGGUGGAAAUCUUGCGACGGUUGUAAUUCAGAGACGCGUUGCAAAGCGAGCUCAUCCAGAAAUUGGCGCUCAGGUUCUACUUUAUCCAUUACUACAAUUUGUCGACCUCCAAACAUCAUCCUACCGUUAUUUCCACAAAAGACUGAAUGGUCUUGCCCUUGUUGACCCCAAGUCGAUUGCCUACUAUUACAUGUUUUAUGCUGGAAUUGAAAAGAAUACUGUGAAGAAGCUUGUUCCCUUUGUGAUUACGAACGGACACGUGAAAACCGAACAGAAAGCAGCCAUCGAGAUGGCAAUGAGGUACGAAUCAACAAUCGAGAAAUCGCUAAACUAUCGAAAUGCGACAAUCCCAGCGAGAUUCAAAGUGAAAGAAAGUCGACAAGCGCAGGAAUUGCUUAGCAAAUUCAUCCUAAACCCCGACUUUUGUCCGUUGUUGAGGGAGGAUUUGCGCGGGAUGCCCAAGUCGCUAAUAAUUACCUGCGAGUAUGACGCCCUUCGUGACGAGGGGAUCAUUUACGCGCAAAGAUUGAAGGAUGCUGGUGUGCAGGUCGACGCGCGAAAUUAUGAAAAUGGCUUCCACGCGAUGCUAAAUCUUCACAAAGAGGUGGAAGAAGCUCAAAAAUGUGUCGACGACAUUGUCAAUUGGAUAUUGAACAAUGUCUAG